UAAGUAUGUAAUAUAAAAUUCAUCUGUUUCUUUGUAUUAAAACCAAAAGUUUUAUCUUUUGAAUUUAAUUAACCGAUAAUAAUAAAGUAAUCAAAAAUUCAAACAGCGAACAUAUGUUUUACAGGUAGUUUUUAAAAUAUUUGCUCGUUAGCUACCAUAUUGAAGAGCUUUAUUGAACAGUUAACUGUAUAACGACACUGUUCUCUACAUAAUAUAUUACACUAUAGUGUCAAAUUGUCGUCAACUUCUGUUGAUUAGUGCUCGUCAGAAAAGUUAAUCAAUUAUGUGUUAAUUAAAAAAUGUAUUAUCCGUUAGUGAUUCGAUUUUAGUCUCAAAAUAUGGCCGCACAAUCACAUUAUUUGAAAUUAUGUAUUUUCAACUUAAUUAUUUGUUUCAACACAGUUGGAAUUGAAAGUUUAUCAUUUCAGUUGACGUCAGUUAUAAAAACAGACAAAGGUCCAGUUCGGGGUGAAAUUUUAACAUCUGCUGAUAGAAAAAUUAAAUUUUCAUCAUUUCGUGGUAUAAGAUAUGGAAAACCACCCGUCGGUUAUUUAAGAUUCAAGCCACCUGCUGAAGCAGACCCGUGGACAAGUAUUUUUGAUGCAACUUCAGAGGGUAUCCAAUGUCCGCAGAUGGAUAUAUUCCACCCGAAUAUCUAUGUGGGUUCUGAAGAUUGUUUGAAUUUGAAUGUAUAUACCCCGAAAACAUAUUUUUCAAGUAAUUGUGAUAAUGCAAGUAAUCGUAGUAGUUCAGCUGGUUUAUUACCGGUCAUGGUAUGGAUUUUUGGAGGUGCAUUUUAUCGUGGUGAUAUAAAAAUGUCUUAUAAUGGUCCGGAUUACUUUAUUGAGAAUGAUGUUGUUGUUGUUGCGUUGAAUUAUCGUUUGGGUCUUCUUGGAUAUUUGUCGCUAGAUUUACUAGAAGCUACUGGUAAUGCCGGAUUAAAAGACCAAGUUCUUGCACUAAAAUGGGUACAAAAAAAUAUAAAAAAGUUUGGUGGUGAUCCUGAUAAUGUAACUUUUUUUGGAUUAAGUUCUGGUGCGUCUUCUGUUGAUUAUCAUAUUCUAUCUGAUAAAUCGCAAGGUCUUUUUCAUCGAUCCAUUAGUAUGAGCGGUUCAGCUCUAUGUUUUUGGAGUAUUACUACUACACCUGAAAUUCAAACUUAUGCUCAUCAAGUAGCUCAUCAUCUGGGAUAUACUGUUAAUAACAACACAGAACUUCUUAAAUUAUUACGAAAUGAAUCUGCUGAAAAUAUUGUUAAAGCAACUGCUAAAAUAACCUCAAAUAGGCGUCCCUUUAGACCAGUAGCUGAGAAUGCAAAUAUUGCUGGUGAUUCGGCAUUUAUAACAAAAUGUUUCAUUGAAAAGUUCAAGACUGGCAAUUUUAAUCGACUGCCUCAUAUGAUGGGUUUUAUGGCUCAAGAAGUUUUAUUAUAUCUCACUCCUCUGACGAAAUUAAAACAAAGUGUCAAAGAAUUACGUGAUAAAGUAGCGUUAACUGCUGCUGAUAUUCCUUUAAAUUUAAGUCCAAUGGUUGAAAAUAUUUUUGGAGGAUCAACAGAAAAUAUAUUUAGUAAUAUAAUCGACAAUGCAAUUAAUCAAAUGGUUCAGAAUCUUACUGACUUACUUUAUACGAGUGCCAUUGAUAUGAAGCAAAAAAUAAUGCAACAAUACAUACCGAUUUAUUAUUAUCGUAAUUCAAUGGUUACUAAUAUAUCGUAUCAUAAAAUAUACAAUCAUGUUGACGUAGAAGGUGCAUCACACGUUGAUGACAGACUGUAUUUAUGGCGUGAUUCGUUAAUAAAUUUGCCAAGUGAUCCUCAACAUCUGUUUAAUAUAGGCCGAGAUCGUUUAGUGAAAAUGUGGACAAAUUUUGCCAAGUUUUCAAAUCCAACGCCACUUGGUAACGAUGAUCCAGUGUUAAAUGUUACUUGGACAGAGUCAGGACCAGGAGGUUAUUAUCUUGACAUAAAUAACGAUGGUCUGACUAUGACGCAAACAAGACCAACAAAUGAUAAUAUAAAAAAUAUUCAACAAGCUUAUUUUACCGUUUUUGAAAAAUAUAUUGGUUGUCAGUAAAAUUUAACACUAUUACUAUUGAUAAUAAUAUGUUCCCUAGCGGAUCCGAAUUACGGUACAUUAACGUAUUUUACCGCAAAAUACCGUAAUAUUUUUACCGCAAAUGUCGCAUUUUGUGGUAAUUUUCGGUUAUUUUUCUGAGUACAGUAAAUUACGCUGUUUUACGGUAAAAUAUCGCACUUUUACUGUAAAAUACCGCAGUAUUGCCGCAAAUUUUACGGCGAAUUGUUACAAGUUUAUCGUAAAUUGCCGGAUUUUUGCCGUAAAUUACCGUAUUUUACGGUAAUAUACGAUAACUCGAAUGAAUGCUUUAAAUUACGGUAUUUUACAGUGCAGCAGCAUUAGCGUACCAGGAUACACUGUUAAAAAUAAUUUGAAAAUUACAAUAAAAAAGGCAUUGAAUAUUCAUAACUAGAUAUUUGAAUUGUAUUUUCAUUAAAAAAAAGCUUCAAAUUUAAUAUACGUAAUUUAAUAAUCAAGCUGGUAUUUAAAAUUAAGAUAAAAAAUAUGAAUUUUAAUAAACGUAUGGACAAAUUUAUGGACAUUUUGCCAAAAUUCUUAAAAUUUUUUUUUUUUUUUUGUGGGACAG